AUGAAAAGAGUUGAUUCGGCCCACCCCUUCUCUGCUCUUCUGCUGUCGCUGUUCUGCUACUGCGAGCGACCGUCCAGAAAUGGUGUAGAGUGCCAGGAAAAACAGCGGGACGCGGCGGGCAGCGCGAGCAGCGAGGCGGCGACUCUGCACGGCAGCGGCACAGGAGAGCCAUUCAGAAGAGCCGUGGGUCAAAGGUGAGAAGAGCAGAGGGCACCAUGGAGCCUGAGCCAGGGGCCCCUGCCUCCACAGUCAGCAGCAGUACGGGGACCACCACAUCUACUACCAGCAGCUCCACAACCACCAGCAGUAACAGUACCGCUAACACUACUAUAACUACUACUACUUCUAUUAUUUCCACUACCAACAGUAGUAGUAGUACUACCAGCAGCAGCAGCAGCAGUAACACUAUCAGUAGUAGUGGUGGAAGUGCUACAACAGGAAGGCAGGCAGUGCCUCAGAUAUCGUACAGUGGGAUCCCUGACAGACAAACGGUGCAAGUGUUCCGGCAGCCUAACACGGCAGCACAGUACCUGCAGCAGAUGUAUGCUGCUCAGCAGCAGCAUCUGAUGUUGCAAACUGCAGCGCUCCAGCAGCAGCACAGCCUCAGCACUGCUCAGCUCCAGAGCUUGGCUGCCGUGCAACAGGCGAGUAUUGCAGCUGGUCGUCAAAGCUCUUCACAGAAUGGCACUUCAUCUCAGCAAACGGGUUCCACUCAGGCUACAAUCAACCUGACCACGUCCCCAGCCGCAGCUCAGCUGAUUAGCAGGGCCCAGAGCAUUAGUUCAACUCCCUCCAGUAUUUCCCAGCAGGCUGUUCUGCUGGGCAGCCCGUCCAGUCCGACUCUCACAGCCAGCCAGGCACAGAUGUACCUGCGUGCACAGAUGGCACAGCAAAGUAAUUUGAUGCAGGUGGCCAGGAGCCUGGGCCGUGCCGUUCCUCUGUCCCCUCAGCUCAUCUUCACUCCGACGGCCACGGUGGCAGCUGUUCAGUCAGAGAGCUCCACGCAGGCCUCUUCACAGAAUCAAGUCCAGAAUCUGACCAUCCGUGGCCAGCAGGGGGCAGCCACGUCCUCCACACAGACUCAGACACUGCAGGCUCUCAGUCUGAAACAGAGCCCUGUGCCCAUCCAACCCGCCUCACUGAUCAAGAAUCCCAACACGGGGAUGCAGACAGCCACAGGAGGGAAGGCCAGCGCUUCUGACAGCCCCUCUGACGGUGGGAAGAAGGGGGAUGGUGCAGCAGUCACAGAAGUUAGAGCUAUAAACAUGAGCCGGAAUGUCACGGCUGUCGGUGCUCAGUCUCUGAUUGCUCCAGCGUACACCCAGAUUCAGCCACACUCCCUGGUCCAGCAGCACAAGCAGCAGCAGCAGCAGCAGCAGUUUGUCCAUCAGAGCCAAAGUUCCCAGAGGUCUGCUGGCCAGCUGCUGCAGACAGCCUCAAUUCAGCCGGUCCCUGUGUUACCCAAGCCCGCUCCACACCAGACCUCCACACCCAGCCAGCCAGCCACCAUCUUCCACUCCACCAUCAGCCCCCAUGCCCUCCACUCCUCCCUGAAGGCUCAGCCUGUCCAGCUCACUGCCAUCAACCUUCAGAUACAGCCAACAGCCUCUCGAGUUGUUCAGGACAGUAAAGAUAAGCCAACUUCACUAGUGGUCAGAGAGACGUGUACGACCCCCUCCACGCAACAACAGCAGCAGCUGCAGCAGCUGCAGCAACAUCAUCAACAACCAGCACCGCCACCACCUCCACCUCCACCACCACCACCACCACCAGCACCAACACAGCAACCUGGACAUUCACCAUCACAACCCUCCAAACCUGUGGAGCAGCCCAAGGUCAACACAACCACACCUGUACAGUCACAAGGAGGGGGCUCCACCAAGAGGCCAAGCAUCGCACCUGGGACCCCACCUCCAGCCAUGACCUCAGGACAGGAGAGCGAGGCGCCGACCGUGACGGGCGGCGCGCCGCAGAACGGGGAGAACAAACCGCCCCAGGCCAUCGUCAAACCCCAGGUCCUCACACAUGUCAUCGAGGGCUUUGUCAUCCAGGAGGGAGCCGAGCCGUUCCCUGUGUGUGUGGAGCGUCUGCCCAUUCUUAUUGACAGCCCAAAGAAGCUGGACCAUCAGCUCUCCUCAGACCCUGACAAGACUCCAGUCAGCAACGCGGCAAACUCCGACUCCGAGGUGGAUGACAUGAACCCGCCAGAAAAAGAGCAGGAACCCAAGCUGACGUGCGAGUACUGCGGCUGGGUCGACUUCGCCUACACCUUCAAAGGCUCUAAAAGGUUCUGCUCCGUGGUUUGUGCAAAGAGGUACAAUGUGGGCUGUACUAAGAGAAUAGGCCUCUUCCGUCCAGAGAGGACAAAACCAACAAACCGCUGGCGCAGAAAAUCUCAGGGCCGCUCCAGUGUCGAGGCCAAGAAACGGAAGCUGUCGCCGCCACCGCAGCCGACGCAGGGCGGCUCUGUAUCCUCACCACAUCCCUCUCAACCCAGUCAGGAGGAGUCCAGCCCCUGCUCAGACAUGUCCAGCUACGAGGAACCCCCGUCUCCCCUGUCAGCAGCCAGCUCUGGGCCCCUGGGUCCCACCCAAGCCCAGACACCCACGCACCGGCAGCCAAGCAGGGGCUCGGAUCAGGAGGGCUGCGCCGGGAGAGACGCACCUUCACUCUGUCAGCGCUUUUUACCCAACGACCCCGCCAAGUGGAACGUGGAGGAAGUUUACGAGUUCAUCCGAUCGCUGCCAGGUUGUCAGGAGAUAGCGGACGAGUUUCGGUCUCAGGAGAUCGAUGGACAGGCUUUGCUCCUGUUAAAGGAGGACCACCUCAUGAGCACCAUGAACAUUAAACUGGGGCCUGCACUCAAGAUCUUUGCACGCAUUAACAUGCUCAAAGACUCAUAGCAGGAGGACACUACAUUAUCAGAGGAACAAUUGGAGUAUCCUGCUUUUAGCACUUACUGUUUGCUUUUGCUUUACUCUUAUGAGAUGGCUAAAGUGAGAGCAGCAUUUCUGCAGCAGUUUAAACACGUUUAUAUGUACCUGUACAUAGCAGCUUAAGUGAGAAAAAACUAAAGUCAUGUUUAAGUUAUCUUAAAACAGAAAUGUAAUGGUGUUCAAUAUUUUGAAAUAUGCAAAUACAUAAUGGCCUGGGAGUUGUUUUUUAUUUUCUAAGGAAAAUAUAUCUAUUUGUGAUUUGUGGCUGUGACUAAAGGUAAACCUUUUUAGAUGAUGCUUUGUUAAAUGCUUGUAUUUAAGAAAACAAUUUGUUACACAACAUUUUUCAAUUAUAAAUAAUUUCCAGUACA